AUGUCCGAUAACGAAAGUUUCCGCUCAGUCUCACCAUCCAGAGAUAUUCUUCACAGAGCUGCAAAUACGGGAGAAGUGUUGAAUGACCACCGGAACCAGCUUCCAUCGUUACCUUUUCGUGGUACUGGUGGUGGUAUGGUACAGUCAUCGGCCAUAAGCGAUGAUGAUGACGACGAUGAUUAUCAGUCUUCACAGUCUAUGCAAGACCCACAUCUGCAACAACCAUUUUAUCCUCAAAUGCCAGGUGGAGCACCUAAUAUGGUACAAAUUCCAGGAAGAAGUAGUGUAGAUGAAAGGCAUUUACCCAGAGCGAGGCAGUCUUUUGGGGGCCCAAGUCCAUCACAACCCUACAGAGGUACCAAGAAUGCUUAUAUGAAUAAUUUGAGGAGAGACUUUUAUUUGAGAAACGAUGACGACGAUAAUGAGCGCCUCUAUGUUCCGGGUCAGAACCCACAACCACUACAAAGUUCUUCUAUUCCAGUUGUUAGAGGCUCAGGCGGGUCCUUAGCUGCUGCUACUAGACGGGGCAGAGCACGUUCAAGGUCACAAUCGUUUUCAGAGCAGGUUCGGUCGCUUGUUCAUCCAAAAGAUAGCGACGAGGAUCAUAAAAGACAGUCAGCUUCGGCAGCUCCUCCAUUUGGAGGAAUUUUGAUGAAAUCUAACAAUCAACCUGCCAAGAAGAAUAACAGAAGUAACUCUGUUAUCAAUGAUACUUUAGAAACCGAUCUCGCUGCACCAAUGACGAAAUUGAAAACAAAUGAAAGUGUAUCUUCUGAUGCUCCAAACCACAACAAAAGAGAAAGGAGGCCAUCUCGUACUUCGAUAGAUAGCGAGGCAGAUUCACACGGAUCAAGAUCUUCACAAGAGACCGAAGAAGACGUGUGCUUUCCUAUGUUGCGUGAACAUGUCCGGAUCAAGGGCAUUGACUUUGACGAAAUUGAAGAGUUUAUUAGAGACGAAAGAGAGAAUGAGAUGCUUUUAAAGGAGCAACAGCAAAUGAUUGCGGAGAGAUCAGCUAUGAGAGUUGAUACCGGACAUGGAAGUGCUCGCGAUUCUGGUGGAUUCUCCAACCCUAACCCUAGUAAGAAUGCAUUAAAGUAUACUCCUUCAAACAUUUUAAGAAAAGGUUCUUUCGCCAAAUUUGGUAGAAAGAACACAGAUACAGGUGAUAAUAUAUCCGCGUCUGGUAUUCACGUUUCGGAGAGAGCUCAAUCGGAUUCUUCCACUGUUACUGAUGAUUCCGCCUCAAGGAGAUACAACGAGAAGAAUUCUGGCGACGAUGACACUUCUGCUGAAAAUGUUAAGUUUGGUGGCACAAGAAUAAACGAUAGCGAUUCAAUGUUGCCAGACAGAUUUUCAUUCUUUUGUUCUGAAUCUGAGGAGACUAUUCAUGCACCUGAUAUUCCUUCAUUGGUCAAGCCAGGCCAAAGCGUUAGCGAUUUAUUUAGAAAUGGUGAAGGUACAUGGUGGCUUGAUUGCGUUUGUCCUACUGACGCCGAGAUGAAAAUGGUGGCCAAAGCUUUUGGUAUCCAUCCCUUGACGGCUGAAGAUAUUCGUAUGCAAGAAACUCGUGAAAAGGUUGAGUUAUUUAGAAACUAUUAUUUUGUUUGUUUUCAUACUUUUGAAGGCGACCAAGAAUCAGAGGAUUACUUGGAGCCAAUUAACUUUUAUAUUGUUGUAUUCAGAGAAGGUGUCUUGUCGUUCCAUUUUUCACCUAUUUUACAUCCUGCUAAUGUGAGAAGAAGAGUCCGUCAAUUAAGAGAUUAUGUUGAUGUCAGUGCUGAUUGGUUAUGUUACGCGUUAAUAGAUGAUAUCACAGAUGGGUUUGCCCCUGUUAUCACUGGUAUUGAGUACGAAGCAGAUGCAAUCGAGGAUUCUGUAUUUGCCGCAAGUCGGGUUGGUUUUAGCAGUAUGAUUCAAAGAAUUGGUGAGUCAAGAAGAAAGGUAAUGACAUUAAUGAGAUUAUUGUCAGGAAAAGCAGAUGUUAUUAAAAUGUUUGCUAAACGGUGUCAAGAUGAGGCCGCCAAUAAUCAGAUAAAUAUAUUCCAAGCACAUCCUAACUUGAAUGGAAAGGGCAAUUAUUAUUCACAACAAAAUGGAAAUGGCUUGCAAGGCCAUACACAUAACGGAUCAUAUACACAAGUCUACGACAGUGAAAGUCCUCAUCCACAAGGCUAUAGCAAUAAUCACAACCAUGGCUAUCACCAGAGCGCGCCAGGUGUGUCAUUCGGCCCAGGCCCUGGAACAUCCAAUAAUUCAAUUGAUCCAGCUUCAGUUUAUAUGAAAACUCAACCUGAUAGAACACAGCCAAGAGCAGAUAUAGCAUUAUACUUGGGUGAUAUUCAAGAUCACGUUGUCACAAUGUUCCAGAAUUUACUUGCCUAUGAAAAGAUUUUUAGUAGAUCCCAUUCUAAUUAUUUGGCACAAUUACAAGUCGAAUCUUUUAAUUCCAAUCAGAAGGUUACUGAAAUGUUAUCUAAUGUUACGUUAAUUGGUACCGUCUUUUUCCCAUUGAAUGUGAUUACUGGGUUGUUUGGUAUGAACGUUAAUGUUCCAGGUCUAGGCGAUACUCACCCAGGUCUAAACUGGUUUUUUGGUAUUGUCGGAGUUAUGUGUGCUAUAGUUAUUUUAGCUUUAGUCGUUGGGCGUAUUUGGAUACGGAGGGUUAACAGAAGUACGCCAUAUGAUGAGGAAAACACUAGAAAAUCCAUCAAAAGUUUUGGUUUAAAAACAAGGACAAAAGAAGCUGCAAAGUCGAUUAUCAGUUUCCCAAAUAAGUACGAUUAA